AAACCGUUUUGUAUUGGCCUCUGCCUCAUAAUGCCGCAAACCCGUGGCGUCAACCCCGCCAAGAACUCAUCGACGUUCAUGCCGAAUGUUUCAACGCCGACAGCCCCCGGUGGCUUCCAAACGCUUACAUGCUAUUGUAGCUGCAAUAUUGAAGCAUCUCUAGCACCGGCAAUGCCAGCAGAGGUCGCGAUUUCGAACAGGCGUUGGACAAGCUGGCGUUGCCCUCUUGGCGCGCUCUUGUUCUGCUUUACAAGCUUUGGAGCUUCGAAACGUCGCCCAGGUGAGAGUCGGGGGCGUCGCGUGCGGCAGGCAGGGAAACCCGCGUUCAAACAUGCCAGGGCUUUCGCCUUUCGGGUGUCCGGUGCCAGUUAGCCCGGUUCGCCUCAUUGUUCAUCAUCCAGCCACUGCAUGAAGUGGAAAGCAACUGCUUUCGUGCAUAACAGUGUGCAAAAGUCGCAUAUAAAAGUAUUGUCAAGAAGGCCCCUUCCGCCUUGGGCACGCACGGGGUGGGCUCUUCUAACUGACAGGCCCGUAGGCUCCGGCCUGCUCCGGGGCUUACCACUAAGCCAGGCUGGCGCAGCAUUCGCAACUUUGCAUGCACUGCGCGGGAGCCCUGGGAGGGCGGGGCGCCAACCCAGGCGGCGUGAAAUAGCGUGCAUGAAUGAGGGUGGUGGGGGAAGCCCGUGGGGUACCGUUCAAACGCACACCUCGGCCGGGUCUCCCGAGUCUUGCGGCGGGCUUUAUAAGAGCAUACAGGAGCUGCAUCACGACCUGUCAAAGCACGGCAGCCGGUUGUGUACACAAAGUUUGGUGCUGACGUCAUCCGCUGAGAUCUAGCAGCUAUCCGGCUGCAGCGGUCGUGCCCGAGUGGUUAAGGGGACUGACUAGAAAUCAGUUGGGAUCUCCCGCAUAGGUUCGAAUCCUGUCGACCGCGCAAAUUGCGCAAUUUUGUCCGUGCAGCAGUGUUUUGGGCUUCGAAAGGGGCACGGUGCGUGUGGUAUUCGUGGCCGGGACUUGAGGUGGGGUGGGAGUGCAUUGUCCGUGCAGCAGUGUUUUGGGCUUCGAAAGGGGCACGGUGCGUGUGGUAUUCGUGGCCGGGACUUGGGGUGGGGUGGGAGUGCAAGACGGCGCGGACCCAGGAGGCGGGGGGUGGGGCGGACACCAGCGGGGGUGGGGCGGGCAGCAGGAUGGCGGACUCGGGCCGCGCGGAGGCAUGCGGCCGUCCAGCCGUCCAGGGGCUCGGCCUCGGCAGCCUCGGGGCGUCCAUCAGGAGGGACAGGGUAGGGACUCGUAUGGGCGUAUGGCCCAGGGACGGGGUGCUUUCCACCAAGACGGCCGGCCGUUCUAAAGAGCGGAGGGGUUGGUGUGCCCCGAGCCCAAUCUCUGGGUUUGAAUUCUCGACGUGGGUGAAUGUUCCGAUCAUCUGAGUGGACUUUAGAGUGCUCGACUCUGGCAAAGCGACAGUCGGUUGCAUUUGGUCACUGACUGCGCUGGCGCCUAUCCUGGCAUCCAUGCCCAUGCGAUGUACCUGGCGCAGUCAGCCCCCCCGCAUCCAGCUGACUGGCAUGCUGCACAGCAUACCGGUAUGGUUCAUUGGGGCGGCUGUCUCUAGAGGGUUCGCAUGUCCGACCGUGCGUGGCAACAGCGGAGAUGCUUGCUGCCUUGCGAGGGAGCUGGCUGGGACAGUUUGGGGCGUCACAGACCGCGGGCCGGCUUGGAGCCUAGGCAGUGCAGUGCACUGGAGGCGGCAGUUGAUGGGCUAUGAUUCCGCCUUUCAGGCGUACCGUAUGCCUACGUACCGCGUCACACCCACCUGUGCCGACUGCCCAACCCCUUAGCCUCGUGCUUCCUCACUGCCAUCCCGUGCUGUGCGGGUGCAAGCUUCACCUCGUCGCACUUGUCGCCCUCGUGUUGCGCGGUGGGCAUGAAGGCUCCCUCCGCAUGUGAAUGCCCCAGUCGGCCAAACGCCACACUUGGGCGGUUCUCACCGCCACGCAUACACCAGGCGGCAGAAACAAACUGUUGACGUUCGACCUAUCUACAGAGGUAGCAAUCGUUAAUGGCAUGCUGGAAAUUGCGUCAUCCGCCAUAUUGCUGAGCACUGGGCGGAGAGCGAGGCACAGGAAAGGCAGCAGCGCCGUGGAGGGGACUGGCGGCAUCUGCUGUGGCCUGGGGCAUGCGGCGCGCAUGCCGCAGGUAGGUAGGCCGGGACUGCUAUACGGUACGUCUCCGGGGACGAAUGAGCAGGAGAGGGCACAUCUAGAUACCACAGGGCGUGUUCAGCAGGAGAGCUGCGUAGAACACCCACAGCAUGGCAGCAGCGGACACACAGAGAAGCCGGCAGGAGAAGAGCAUUCGCUACCGGCCCGUGCUUGGGUUCUUUGGAUCGCUGUACUCGUUACUGAGCCCUGUCCCACCUUUCGUAUCCGCGUGUCACGAGGCGGCCUGUUCCCGCCGCCUUUCAUGGAGGAGCUGUCCAUGGCAGUGGAUGUGCGAUAAGGCGGCGAGAAGAAGGAGAAGGGGGAGUAGUACUGGGUGGCGCUGUUGUUGUUAACGGUUGCUGGUGUGCAUAGAGGUGGUGCAUGGGAAUACGGUACGGUAAUUGGUUGUGCGGUGCGUGUUGUGUCGUGUAUGAGGGUUUACUGACAUGCAAAGGAAACAAGUGGCGGAUACAGUUGAGUCCCGAGGAACAGAUUGCACCCAGCGCCCCAGCCCAGGCAUCGGCCCGCGCCAGAGAAUGCCCGGCCCCCUUGAUAUUACCAGUACCGCGCGUGAGGCUGCGGCAGAGUUGCUGUUGGGCGAUUGGGCUUGCGCCGUACCCUGUGCUUGGGGGCUCGUUUGCCCAUGGUCUUCAGCGUGCGUGACACCCGAGGCGUCAGCGCGCGGAUCAUUCCGUACACACACAUGCUAGGCUACUCAAGUUGAUGCUCCAUGUUGCUCCCUGCGAAAGUAGCGGUGUGGGGCCGUUUCCGGGGUCCAACUGACUUCAGUGCUCGUACCUUCCAUCUACGCUGUAGAAAUUUGCCCCAAAUCCGCCGAAGGCGCAGAAAUUUUUUGGGGUUUGGGGCCGCGCAUCUACGGAGUGUAGACGUUUUGGGCAGAUUUGGCGGUAUCUUACACAGGGAGCGUAGAUGUUGUGAGGGUUGUGCCCCUAGGGAAAAUUUUCUGGGCGUAGAUGGCGCGGGAGGGGUCAUCUACGCUGUGCAGACGCCGGGGGCCGAAAGCCAUCUACAAGAUACCAGCACUGACUGACUUGACUGUAACAUGACUUGACA